GCACCUUGUUGGGCGGCGCCACAGAUAGAGCUGGAGUGAGGCUGGCGCAGAGCCGUGCGACAAUCUGGGAGGUGGCGGCGGCGGCGGCGUCAUUAACAUUAUUACCAUAGGGUCAGCAGUGCAGCCCGGCACCUGAUCCUCCCGCUGCUGGCACCUCAGACUCCCGGCUACCCCCUGUCCUGCCCUCACCCCCCCAUAGGAGCUCUGUCCUCACUACGACCCCCAUAGGAGCUCUGUCUCACUACUACCCCCAUAGGAGCUCUGUCCUCACUACGACCCCCACAGGGGCAGAGGAUCCUUGUCCUUUCCGCCCCCUGUGGCACUGAGGGCAUCUGGAGCUGGCACUGUGGAGCACACUGAGGAGGACACCUGGUAUCAUUGGCAUCCGUCCUGGGAGGAAUGGCGUUGGAUUUCCUGGCUGGAUGCGCAGGAGGUGCUGCUGGAGUAUUAGUUGGACACCCGUUUGACACAGUAAAGAUGCGCCCGUUUCGCAGAGCGUUCCCCCGCCAGUAAGUAUCUCCCAGGUUCGGCUGCAGGUUCAGAGUGUGUCCAAACCUCUUUAUCGAGGGACCUAUCAUUGCUUCCAGUCUAUUAUCAGACAGGAAACGGCAUGGGGUCUCUACAAAGGAGUCGGAUCACCAAUGAUGGGGUUGACCUUCAUCAACGCUCUUGUUUUUGGAGUUCAGGGGAACACCCUGAGAUACCUCGGCUCCGACACUCCAUUAAACCAGUUUCUGGCCGGAGCUGCCGCUGGCUCCAUCCAGUCUGUGAUCUGCUGCCCGAUGGAACUGGCGAAGACCAGGAUGCAGCUUCAAGGAACCGGUGAAUACAAAUCCAAAUCCAAGAACUACAAGAAUUCCUUGGACUGUCUGGUGAAGAUUCACCGCAAAGAAGGACUGAGGGGCAUCAACAGAGGCAUGGUUACCACAUUCUUCAGGGAGACCCCAAGCUUUGGCUUUUACUUCUUGACCUACGACUAUCUCUCCAGGUAUCUCCACUGUGAGAUCAAUGACAGUUAUAUCAUCCCCAAGCUGCUGUUCGCUGGGGGGAUGUCGGGUAUUGUGUCUUGGCUAUCGACAUACCCCAUUGAUGUUAUCAAGUCUCGCCUUCAAGCCGAUGGCAUCGGUGGGGUCAACCACUACAACGGCAUUCUAGACUGCGUCAGAAAGAGCUACCAGGUUGAAGGCUGGAGAGUAUUUACCAGGGGUCUGACGUCCACGCUGCUCAGAGCCUUCCCCGUCAAUGCCGCCACGUUCGCCAUCGUUACCCUGUUCCUCAUGUACAUGAGGUCGGAAAACGCCAUCAAGGAAUGUGACGCCGGCCCGGCAAUACAGCAGCCUAGCAGCAUGUAGAACCUUCUCCCGAGUAGCUGACCGAUCCCCGUGUAGUUAUUUUUUUAUGAGUUAUAUGAUUUUUUUAUGUACAUAACGGAUAUGUAUAAUUGGUUUCUAGGCAUUUUAGACAGACUUUCAUCUCGAUUGUAUAAUACAAUGUGGCCUUAUUUGGAUACGUUGCCCCCCAAGGCUGCUGAUAGAUGCAGGAAUGGGGUGGGUGAUCCCUCUGGAGAUCCUAUGGGAUCUACUGCAAUGAUAGCUAUCAAGUAGAUCUCUUUUAGAGAUUACUAAUGAUUGGGGGGAGGUGUAACGACCGCCUCAUUCAAUUGAAACAAUUGGGAGUCCUAUUUCCGAUACCGGAUGUAUUAUAGAUUCGAGCAGUGGCUGCUUGAACACAAGUAUAAUCAUUGAUGUCAUGACUGGCCUCUCCUGUUGGGUUACCCCAUAGCAGGUCCUAAGACAAAACAUUUACUAACAUAGAAUUAUUGGCCAUUUUGGGGUCCGAUUUGGUGGCAAUAUUUGCUGCCAGUCCCCCUGUAAUGUAGAAGAUGACUAUGCUUGCCUCAGCUAGAGUGUAGAGAUUUGACGCUACAGCCCUUGCAGCAUUGAUAUUAGUGGAGCUUGAAGACUCCUCAGUCACUAAGAACAAGGGGAAGGGGAGUUUUCCAUUCAGUUAUAGAUGGCUGUCCCCUUUAACAUCUAGUGUGCAGUACCGCCUCAUAACCUGCAGGUGAUGCUGUUGCAAUCCUCCACAAUGUGCAGAUUCCUGGCUGCUGACUAACCUGCAGGUCUCAUUCCUCUUCUUUACCUUUGGUAUAAGGUAUCACUAUGGAUCAGGAUGCUUGUUACGUACAGAGUAUUGACUCUAGGUCACGUCUAAUGUGAAUAUGGCUUUACCAGACAGUGAAGAAGGUUUUAAUGUCAAAUAUUUAUUUUUAUAUACAAUAUUUUAUUUCACUUGGUUACAGCUACAAACUGUUUACUGUGAAAAUGAUGUGCCCCCCUGGUUUUACCCUCUUUUUAAAUGUGUAUUUCUUAAAUGCUGGAGAUGAAUGGAAGGGGGAAUGAUGGCGAUACGGUGUGGGGCUGAAUGGGUUAAAUAAAUGGUCUGAAGUUCCUACGUGUUACCUAAACGAGCAGUUACUUCUGAUGGUUGGAUGGUCUUGGCGUUUGGUUAUAGAAGGAAAUUUCAGUUAUCGUACACAUGGUUUGGAAGUGAACUAUUGCCCUUGCAAAUACUGGAAGCUAGCGCCAUCUACAGAGUGAUUUGCAGUACUACAAUCCAAUGACGUGAAGAUGCUUUAUAUUAUACUACAGUAAUAAUCUUCUGGUAAUAUCAAUGUACAGUUUAUAGCUUAUAAGUGGGGCUCAUGCAUAAUAACUCACAAUUCUCGCAAAAGGUGUAAGUGGUGCCUGCAGCAACCAAUCGAACCUGCUCUGGGGAAGAAGCUGGCAUGUGAUUGGUUUCUGGCAUGAGACCCUUUCUUGUAUAUUCUGUGGCACAAUGAAAUGUAGUUUGAGUUUUGCAGAAC